AUGUCAGUCAACCAAGAAAAGAAGAGUCAAGGAACUCCUGAAGAUGCUCUGGCUAACCAAGACACAUCUUCAUUAACCGAUGCUGUAGAGCAAGUUGCAAAGCAACAACAAUCACAAACAUCAGAAAUAGAAAAAAACAAAAAAGUUCUGUUUCAUUUACAGAAUGAACUUCAUGAGCUAGAAAAACAAAUAGCAACUGUUUCUGCAGAAACUAAAGAAACAGAAAGGCUAAUUUAUCAGCAAGAUGUUGCCAUAGAGAAUAGCAAACUUCAGUGUGAAAACCUGGAAACACAAAUCAAAUCCUUACAUACAGAAAAUGUAAAGCUUAAAUUUGACAUAGAAGCAGCCCAAGAAGAUUUUGAGGAACACAUGAUAAAAUAUAAUGAAUACUAUGCAAAAAUUAAAGUGCAUAAAGAUACCUCGGGGGAGGAAGAAAGCAAAUGGUCAUUUAUGAUUGAACUACAUGAAAAACAAGAUCUUGUUAAAAAACUGAAGAUAAUGAAAGAGGAACUUAGGCAAGAUCUCCAGAAUCCAGAAGGAAACCGGAUGAAACAAGUACAGGAAGACAUUACAAAGCUAAAGGAUAAAAUCACAACUACAAAAGAAUCUAUCAUUGAAAAAACUUGUUUUCUUGAAGAAGAAAAUAAGACACAUGAAAAAUUAAGAAAAGAAAUAGAGGUACAAAAUAAGAGAUAUGGUGCAAUUCUUAAGCGUUUGCAUUGUCAGCUGAACAAGCUUCAGUCAAAUAGAAAGCAAUGGCAGUGGAACAUUCAACAACUAGAAAAAACUGCAGCUGAACUAAGAAAAUGCAUUGCAAUGAAAGAUUAACAUGGCCAUAGGACAGUGUAGAGCACAGAGUAUUGCCACAAAAAUUACAGGCAAGAAUGUUGAGAAAUCAUUCAAGUUCUUGUUUCUAACUAAUUAAAUUUUAUUGAAGUAUAGUUGACAUACAAAUUAUAUUUGUUUCAGGUGUGCAACACGGUGAUUCUACAUUUAUAUAUCUUACAGAUGAGCUUCCACUGUCAGAGGUCUGUCUUAAUGGCAGAUAUAUUUAUCUUUUUUUUAAUUAGUCCUUCCACCUCUACAAUUGAUAGCAGUAGAAAGACGAUAGGAAUGCUUACAGAAGAAUAGUAGAUGACUCCAUGAACAUUUUUCAUGUAUAAGAUGUAUUGUACUCAUGAAUGCCUGUUUAUAAACUGUUGCUUUCACUAUUAUUUGAAGUAAACAUUUAGAAGA